AUUCUGUGUUCUACACCAUCGUUAGUCAAAAUGGGAGAUCGUUUGAUUAGAGUGUUAUUUCUUUGGGCUACUUUGGAAUGUGUGUUCGCACGACAUCACCCGAUUUACCAGACUCAUAAUGGAAGAAAUGAAAGUGAACAGAUGCUGCCAACAUCGGUAUGCUACUAUAGCGACCCGGGGGUGGCGGAUUGCAUUAAACGGGUCGCGGAACAAGCUAAGCACCUACUCGCAUUGGGAAUACCAUCGCUCAACAUCCAGUCUCUAGAGCCUCUCAAGAUACCCAGCAUACGAUUGCGUCAGCACAACGCACCCAAUAAGAACUUCAAAUAUGACGCCUGGCUGUCUGAAGUCGCUCUCAGCGGGUUGACAAACUAUACUGUCAAUAAACUUGACGUAUAUCCUGAAGACCUUAAAGUGACAGCGAACAUUAGUUUGCCACGACUGGUGAUGACCGGGGACUACAUGGUAAUCGGAGAAUUCCAGAUGCUUCCCGUUGAAUCUAUUGGGAAAAUGGCUGCUAAUUUCAGUGAGUGCACAAUCGCCUUGGAAGCGUUAGGCGCCAGAGUGCACACGAGAAUGGUGAUAAGGGACGCAAGGGUGCGGCUUCGCUGUGCUGGUCCGGUUGGAGCCAACCUCAUGGAAGCUCACUCGACAACCGACGAAAUGGAAAUGGUAACCGAUCACAUAGUGAGCAUGCACUCCGAGGAUCUGGUCAGGGAGGUGCAGCCGGCCAUCGAGACUGCCCUCGCGAUGGUACUCGAAGAUAUCGCCAAUAAAUUCCUGAAGCACGUCCCGGCCGAAAUGGUGUUCCCGAAUUAGUAGCACACUCAAAAAAAAACCAAAAAACUAUAAUACAUGACCACAUUAAUAUAAUUUAAUCUAUAUCUAUACUAAUAUUAUAAAGAGGAAAGAUUUGUUUGUUUGUUUGUUUCGAAUAGGCUCCGAAACUACUGGACCGAUUUGAAAAAUUCUUUUUCCAUUAGAAGCCGACAUUGUCCCUGAUGAACAUAGGCUACUUUUUUUAAAAAAAAAUUUUUUUUUUUUGGUUUCAUGUGUGUUUUAAUGUUUCCGAAGCGAAUCGAGGGCGGGUCGCUAGUUUAUAAUAAUUUUAUUAGUUAAUACAAAUUUUUUAUAACUAAAUCUAGGUAAUAUUUAAACAGAAAAUCGCUGAUUGAAAAAUAUUUAUGGAAACUUGACAAACGUACUCGAAAAGUAUUCGAAAAAAAAAAGUAUAAUUGAACCCACCUAGUUCUCGUACUGGCGGUAGGAGCUCUUGUGAAUCCGCACGGGUAGGUACCACCACCCCGCGUGGCAGAAGCAGCAAUGCGUUUCGGUUUAAAGGGUGGGGUAGCCGUCGUAACUAUACUGAGACCUUAGAACUUAUAUCUCAAGGUGGAUGGCGCAUUUACAUUGUAGAUGUCUAUGGGCUCCGGUAACCAAUUAACACCAGGUGGGCAGUGAGCUCGUCCACCCAUCUAAGCAAUAAAUAAAACUUUACACGCAUUCGUUACAUUUUUCUGUCUUCUUUAUUGACUAUAGUCUAUUGUUAUAUAACUUAUUUAGGUAUAAAAAUAUUGAUCUGAAACGGUCGCAUUUACAAUACAUUAGAACCAAUUCAAAAGUUCCCAAAGCUCAGUACGAGAUGCGUUAUUUUAGAAAAAGCUGAAGUAAUAAACGUCUGAACGGUUUUUUUUGUUAACGAAAUAUGUAUCUGGUUUAAUUUGACAAAAUUAGUUUUUAAAUUAUUAUUGACAAAAGUAAAACCAAUUAAAAAGCUAAAAUAUUUAUUUUAUUAAUAUAGAUAACGAUUUUUUUAUCAAAUAAUUAAUUAUUUAAGAGCAUAUUAAAUAUAAAAUAUUAAACGGUCUAAGAUUAAUAUUGUAAUAAUUUGUAAGUUAGUUAAGUUUUAUGAAUUGAUAGUUAAUUUAUUCGUAGGCUUACAAUACUUAUAGUUAGCGAUAUUUAUUGUCUGGCUCUAAACCUUAUUGUGGCUAAACGUAAAUAAUACAUACUAAAUAUUUCAAAUGAAUUGUAUUUACGUUAACAUUGACGAAACUAUCUAUAUAUUAAUACGUGAAGCAAAAACUUUGUAUUUCUUUUUACGAAAAUUGCGCGGACGGAGGAGUACGAAAUUUUCCACACUUAAAGAGAAUAUAGAGAAGAAGUGCAAAAUGCUAAUAUUUUUUUUAAUUAUUGCAUAAAAGAUACAUUAAAUCAAUAAAGAAAACAUUACACACACUACAUACCAUGUAUUUCACGCACACACGCAUGCAUACUAUUUAUUGUCAAACUUUUGUUCUUGACGUCUGUUGUCAAAUUGAGAAUAGAUUAAAUAUUGUUUGCCUUUGUUAAUAUUUUUUAUAGUGUAGUCUUGGCGAAAUUUGUGAUUAUAGAAGUAUACAAUACAAUCAUAAUAGUGUACAAACUUACAAUUCCAAUGAAUUAUAGUCGAAUUUCGACUACUGCGGGACCUCUAGUGUUAGGAAAUUUGUCUAAAUCGCCAACAACAACCUGACAAAGUUACAAUUGAUACGAACAUCGUUAAAGCGAUCGAACAAAACUAAAUGAUAACCUACAAUAAAAACUUCAUUGUUUUAUUCGCAUACUCUCGCCAGAUCUUCUCAGUGGGUCGCGUUUCCGAUCCGGUGGUAGAUUCUGCGAGGCACUGCUCUUGCUAGGGCCAGUGUUAGCAGCACUCUCGGUUUUGAGACCCGUGAGCUCACCUACACGUCAAUGCGAAGCUGAAAUAGCCUCUCAAGGCUAUCAGCAUAGGUAGGAAAAAAAUAUCGCAUAGACGACUCACUGUCCGUAAUGAUUGCCAUCAUCCUCCUUGACACACCAAAUCGAGGUUUAAUUAUGUUUGCAUUAAAUAACUUCCGUAAAGACUUCAAACUAAAAGGAACGAUUGUUUCCAGGUAAAAAUAGAACAUUAAUUCAUAAGUACCUUAGCGGUCAGAAUACGCCCUGCCAGUUAGAAUGCUCGACAUAAAUCACAUUUAACACCGAUAACAUCAUAAUUACCUUACUUUUACAAAGAAAAAGCCACAUAAUUAAAAACGCAUUAUAAAAAACAAGCUCGUAAUCAACCUAUUACUUGGGAAAUUGCGAAAGAUUCUCAAAGUAUGCCAAUACACCGUUUGCUAUGGCCUAGCGCGUUAUAUAAUAAAACAUUGCAACAUAGAAAUUGCUAUACUGAUUUGAGCUGUAAAGUAAUGCGGGAAAAGCAGUAUUUCGCGUACCUGCGUUUUUAUUAAGAGGCGCCAAGUACUAAACUAAGUGCAUGUUAUAAAUAAAAUAAGUUUGAAAAAUAAACAUAAAAUUUGA